AUGGAUGAUACACCUAUAGAUGUUGCAUUUGAUUCUACCAUAACUAUUAAACACGUUGGUACAGGAGGGUAUUUGCAUUCUCAUCAAAUUCCUUAUCCAAGAUCCGAAGAUGACGAUAUCCAUCAUCAAGUUAGUCUUCUUCUGCAUGAUGGCGAUGAUGAUGAUAAUUUUUGGGUUGUCAGAAGAGUUGAGCUUGAAGACGCUAAAAAUUAUAAGUUCCUUAAAGAUUCUGAAGUUCCCGAAAUUUCUCAAGAGUCUCAGGACCUUCAAGAAUCUCAAAACAUCCAAGAACCUAAAGAUCAUCAAGAACUUCUUGAACCUCGAAGCCUUGAAGAACCUCAAGACCUUCAAGAACCUCAGAACCUUCAGGAGUCUCAAAACAUUCAAGAGUCCCAAGGUCUUCAAGAACUUCAAGAAGGCCUUGAAGAACCUCAAGACCUUCAAGAGCCUCGAGACCUUCAGGACUCUCAAGACAUUCAAGAACCUCAAGAUCUUCAAGAACUUCAAGGCUUUGAAGAACCUCAAGACCUUCAAGAACUUCAAGAGCCUCAAGGCUUUGAAGAACCUCAAGACCUUCAAGAGCUUCAGGAGCCUCAAGGCUUUGAGGAACCUCAAGACUCUCAAGAAUCUCAAGAAUCUCAAGACCAUGAAGAGCCUCAAAACCUUCAGGAACCUCAAGAGCCUCAAUAUAUUCAGGAACCUCAAGAGCCUCAAUAUAUUCAGGAACCUCAAGAGCCUCAAUAUAUUCAGGAACUACCGGGUUUCCAAGAACCUCAAGAACCUCAAGAAUUUCAAGGACAUCAAGAAUAUCAAAUUCUUCAAGACCUACCUAAUAACAACGUUCUUGACUGGAUUUAUGAUGGUGCAUUAAUUCAUCUAGAACAUUCUAAGACCGAUACUACCGAUCUUUGGCGAGUGGAAAUUGCAAAACAUAAUAAAUCAGAUCCGGAAUCUAGCAAACGUCUUCGUUCGAUUCAUACAAAAUUCCGCCUAUAUAAUUACGACACAGGAUGUUAUCUUUUUUCACAUUUUAUUAAAUUGCCAUCUGGGGGACCUAAUGAAGUGGAGGUUACUUGUAUCACGGAUGGUAAUUACCAAAAUUCGUUGUGGUACAUAGAAACAAAUUCUCAUCCAGAUUGUAUUUCUUGGGAUUAUGAUUGUGAUUUAUAUGAUAAGAGUUAUAUCGAGAAGACUGAAGAUGUUAUAGAAAUUGACAUGGAAAAUUCACCGGGUACAUAUUAUACAAAAAGUCCCGAAUAUUUAACUCAAGUGGUUGAAGCAACUUACACAACAAAAGGAAUGGAAUGGUGGUAA